AUGUAUUUUGCACAGUGUGCCUCAUUCCCCUUCUUCCUCCUCUGCUUCUCCACCCCGUUCGCCUCCACCCUCGAUGCCGUCGCCCCGUCCAUGCGCAGUCUGAUCCACCCGGAGGAAGUCACCGAGGAGACGGUGGCGCAGUGGUUGCAGGGCACCACUGGAAACAAAGACAACCCCAGGGGGUCCAGGAGAAUUCCACCACUCGACGCCGCCAAUGAACCAGACAAGAUUUAUACUGAGAUGUACUCGAUGCCCAAUGGAGAGCAGGAUCAGGAAGGAGAGGCGAGCAGAGGUGAAAGCGGCGACUGGAAAUCCAAUGAAGAAGACGAGGAAGAGAGUGAGGACUCAAGCAGUGGUGAGGAAGUCAACUCCCCACCUCGCUCGGAAAGACACUCCAAGCAGACCCGUGAUCCAGCAAGUGCCGCGAAGCAGCCGAAGGUCGCGCCUUCAAAGCCUCGGAAGGCCCUGCCUAGGAUCAAGGUGGACGUUCCCGUUGCCUCCAUUGCUGCUACUUCUGGGACAUCCAUGGACAUUUACAAGGACGAAGAUGAUGAGGAAACUGAAGAUGCAGCCACUUCAAAAGCGGAUGACAAUGAAGAUAUGCCCCAGAAGCCUAUGGGAAGGAGGAGUAGGACUUUGAGCAGGAGGGUGCCAGCCAGCAAGAGAUCUUGUGAGCUUGGGGCCCAGUUUGCUGACUUGGAGAAGAAACAGAUCCAAGUCAAUCUUGAUAUGGAGUUGGCCAAGGAGAACUUGCAGAAGGCUAGGGACGAAACUGCUGAAAAAAUGAAACAGGCUCUGGAAAAGAAGGACCUUGAUCUUGCAGCGGCACAGAAAGCGGCGGAAGAGAAAACAGCACUUGCCGACAAGAAGCUGGCUUCAGUCGGGAAGUUAGAAGAAGAAAACGCCAAGUUUAAGACUGCUCUUGACGAAGUCAACAAGGAAGUGACGCGCAUGAAGAAGGACAAGGGGACUCUGACCGACAAAGUUGAAGAUCUCACUUGA